GAGGCCCAAGGAAAGUAUACUUUUGGCGAGCCCCGUCUUUGGUUCCGUUGGCCUGUUGGAGUGUGUUAUACUGCACCUGCGCGUCUGGUAGCCGCUCACCACUUCUCCCAGGCGGUACUUUUGCCUCUAUAAGUCACCGCUGGCCUGCUGGGUCCUCUGGGAAGCAGCAACACAGCCAUCAGGUGGUGGCAGAGCCAGCCAGCAGCCAACAGCCUUGCCUUGGCACCCCAGUGACCGUUGUGCUGGAGUGGAGACGGGACGUGGCUGAGCGGUGUGAGGAGAGCUGAGUGCCACCCUGGCUGUUGGUGCCGUGUAGGGCCAGGCAUGAUACUGAGUCCGUGGUGAGUGAACAUGGGGAGCAGGUCUGUCAAGCGUCAUAUCAUGGCUGCACCGAGGAAAAUUGUUCGCCUGCGUCGCCCACUGACCACCAAGCUGGAGGUGGUGAGGCGCGGUGAGAAAGGGGAGACCAGGACAGAGAUCUCCAGAAUGAUGGGUCUGCCCAGCGCAACCGUCUAUGACAUAUUGUUGAAGGCCGAUAAGGUGAAGGCCAUGGCCAAGCAAGCAGGCUUGCUCCAUCUGCUGGGGAAAGGAAAAAGUGCUGCUACAAAUAAGGUGUUGCCAAAGGAUGGGAAUCGUGAUGGUGCCACAAAAAAGGUGUUAGUGGGAAAGGAGAAAAGUGUUGCCACCCAUAAGGUUCUGACUAGCAAUGUGAAAGUUCCUGCCACCAAGAAAGUCAGAAUGAAGACUUCCUCUGCAGUUGUAAAGAAAAGCAAUUCCUGCUACAGCAUGACUACCAAGAUGGAGGUGGUGAGGCGCAUCAAGAAGGGCGAGUCGGUGCGUGAGGUGGCCCAGGCCAUGAACAUUCCAUUGUCCUCCGUGUAUGACAUGAAGAGGUCCUCGGUGCAGAUCAGGGCAGCGGCCCAGAAGGCCACGGCCCUCAAGGUGCUGGCCAACAAGAUGAACAUGACGGUCAUCCUGAAGGACAAUUGCCAGAAUCUGAUGCCCAACCCACAGCAGCAGCAGAAGCAGAAGCACCGGAAACAGAAGCGGCGGCCCCACCCCUUGGCCACCAAGCUGGAGGUGGUGCGGCGUGCUGAGCAGGGCGAGAAGAUUACCAACAUCAGCCGCUCCAUGGGCCUGGCACACUCCACCAUUCACUUCAUGGUGAAGAACGCCCAGAACAUCAAGGCUGCUGCGCAGGAUACCUUGCCGGCAAACACAAAGGUCACCGCUGGGGAUUCUGAAGACGUCGUGAUGGAGAACAUGGAGCGAUUACUGAAGAUCUGGGUGGAUGAACAGCUGAGCCAGCUUGACAUGGUGAGUGAUGACGCCAUCCGGAAGAAGGCCCUGUCCCUGUGGAGGUUUGUGCGGCAGAGUGUAGGUCCAGAGGAGACCAAGGGGGUGGUGGACAACUUCACAGCCUCCUAUGCUUGGCUGCAGCAGUUCAAGGAACACUUCAUCUACUCACUGCCUGCAGCCGUGGAAGAACCCAAGGAGGACUUCAGUGGUGCAGCAGAGGCAAGGGCCACGGCAGAGCCCAGUGGUGCGGUGAAGGCCAGAGCUGCAACAGAGCCCAGUGAUGUGGUGGAGACCAGGGCCACAGCACACACCUUCAGCCCGAGGUGUGUGGCAGAGGCACCGCCUGCCAUGGAGCCAAGGGUCGGUUUGCCGAGGGGUUUCUCCUCCCUGCUGAGGGCCAAGAUUGAGGUGGCAGGCUACACACUCAGGCAGGUCAUCAACCUGGAUGAGAUGGGGUUGUUCUGGAGGAAGCCUCCAGCCAAUACCAUCAUCAGCAUGGACAAGCAGGUGUGCCAGGGUGCUCGGGACCAGUUCUCCCUCAUGUUUGGGGCCAAUGCCAUGGGGGACCUCAAGCUGAAGCCCCUGCUGGUGUACCACACGGAGAACCCACGCUCCCUCAGGGGCUACAUCAAGGAGUAUCUGCCGGUGAUCUGGAGGUCAUCGCCGCAGGGCAGGGUGGUGCCUGCCCUGUGCCAGAACUACGUGGUGGAGUAUGUGUCGCCUCGGUGCAGGGAGUACGCUGCAGAGCACGGCCUGCAGAACAGGUUCCUGCUGCUGGUGGAUGACAGCCCUGCCUUCCCCCCUUCCAUGGAUGACUGGGCUGACAACAUUGAGGUGAUGUUUGUGCCCACCAUGAGCAGGUCGGUGGUGCAGCCCAUGGAAAACGGCAUCACGGCUGCCUUCAAGCUGCGCUACCUACACCGCCUGCUGGGGCACCUCCUGCGGGAGACUGAGGGAGAGGACAAGGAGUCUGUGCGCAUGUUCUGGCUGGACUACAACGUGAGGAAGGCACUCAACAACAUCAGCAUGGCAUGGGACGACGUGACUGCUGCUACGCUGAACGCUGCCUGGCUCAGCAUCUGGCCCGAGUGUGUGUAUGCCACCCCUGGCCAUGCGCUGCCUGGCAAGCCCUCUGAGUUGGACGUGGUGGCCCUGGCACACCAGGUGGGCUUCCUGCAGGUCACAGUGGAGGACGUGCGGGACCUCCUCAGGACCCACGACGAGGAUGCCGCCACCAGGGACCUCUUCCAGAUGGAGCUGGACCAGACCCUGCAGGGCGACAGUGAGGAGGUGGACAGCUCCAAGACCCUGGACGUGACUCUCCUACGCCACGUGCUGUCCCUCUUUGAGGAAGCCAUGGCAGUGCUGGAGGACAACGACCCCAACUGUACCAGGAGCUGUGACAUGCGCGGCCUGGUGGAGCACGGCAUUAGGAACUACAGAGAGCUGUACACCACCAAGAAGAGGAAAGCACAGGACUCAUCCAUUUUUUAUCCCAGCCUGGAGUAGUUCCACAGGUGCCAUCUGUGCUGCAGUGUGUGUAUGUGUGUGUGUGUGUGUGUGUGUGUGCGCGUGCGCGCACACAUCCAGUGCUGCCAUGCUGUGGAGGCAGGCCUGUGAUGGAAGGACAUCUGGCACCAACUUUGAUGCCUCCAUGAGUAACAUGUGUGGCAGAAGGUCACUGCCUGUUGAACUGAACUGUGUGAUAUGACACUUGUUGACAAAGAUAUUUCUGUUCUUAGAAAAGUAUAUGGAGCAGGAAUUUGUUACCAGUUUAUAAGGCAAAGGUUUGAACAAAUUCUUAGUGCUUUAAACUAAACUACAUAGAUAGGGUUCAUGUAUUUGACAAGACUUUUGGACAACAGACAAUGCUUUCCUAGUUAGUGAUGUAUAUGGAGGCAUUACUUUUAUGAGGGAAAGGUUGUGGAGGGUUUUUACCAGUAUUAGAAUAACUAUAGAAAGUUAUUACCCACUCCACAAAACAUGUACGAAAAAUAUUGGUUCCCUCAAUAGGAAAAUGUUAGGUUUUAUAUUUAUGAAUUUAUUAAAGGGAAAAAUGGAAGUUUGCUACCUGUAUUAAAAAGAAAUUGAACACUUUUUACAAAAUAAGCACAAAAACCGUUGCUUGCCUUGCUAGGAAAAUGUGUUUUUAUAUUUAAUGAGAAUUAUGAAGGAAACCGGAAGUUUGUUACCUGUAUUAGACUAAGCCUUAGAACAAAAUUGUACUUUUUUAUGAAACACGCAUGAGUGAAAAAUGUCUCUUGACUUGUUAGAAAAAACAUGUAUAUAUUGCAAUCAUGAGAAAGUUUUGAAGAGAGAAAUUUAAUCAGUUUUAUACUAAGCUAUGAGGAGAGAUUAGGUGCUUAUGAAAACAAAGGAUGGAGGAGAUGAAACUCUGUACAUUAUAAUGGUGGGAGACUGUGGUGGUCAGGGAGUGAGGCAUGUUUGAGGCAGAGUGUGGAGGAGAGUAAAUACUAUUGGAAAAAACUCAAACCUGACACACAGGAUGCUGGGGGACACUGCAGGUAGGGACAAGAGUGAAGCAUGUUUAGGCAGGGAGAGUGAAGGAGUGUAGGUACAGGAAAAUUCUAACCUGCUAUAAGAAACUUUAUACAUUAAUAGACAGUAGCUGGGGAGGGAGUGAAGCGUGUUAAUGUUUGAGGCAGUGAGUGUGAAGGAGAGUAAGUAUUAUUGAGAAAAACUUUAACCUGCUAUAAGAAAUGCAUGAGUGAAAACCAUAACCUGCUAUAAGAAAUCCAUGAAAGAGAGUGAAAACCAGUGUUAUUCUGACAGCAGAGCAGAGUGUUAAUCCCCAGGUAAAAAAAAAAGAAGGAAAAGAAAGAAACACACAGUUAUGCAUUUUCAUCACUCAGGCUUAUACCAGGUUAGUUUCCUCAGCAGUGCAUGGGUGGUUGACUACUGAGGGAGGCAAGGUGGUGGACUGAGUGUGGGCCACUGCUGCUGCUGGAAAAAGAACAUGUGGGAUUGAGAAUAUGUCUUAGCUAUCUUUCAUGUGUGUACCAUGCUGGCAUUACCAGGUGGAGUGGCCCAGACGAGGCACCACAUAUCAUUCACACUCUUAGCCCUCUGUCAUUCUCACACACACACACACACACACACACACACACACACACACACACACACACACACACACACACACACACACACACACACACACAUGAAGAAAAAGACCUAGGAGGAAUUAUUACUGAUAAUUUAUCAUUUGGGAAGCACAUAAACAAAAUUAUAGGAGAAACAUAUAUUCUGCUGAGAAACAUCAAGAUAGCAUUCUCUUAUAUUGAAGAUAUGAUAAAAAAAGACUGAUAACAACGAUGAUACGUCCGAGAUUGGAGCACGUAGCAUUAGUGUGGUUACCAAGUUUGAAAAAGGAUACAAGAAAGUUAGAAAGAAUCCAGAGAGCUGCAACUAAAAUCCCUGCAAGCUUAAGAGAGUAUAGUUAUGAGGAAAGGUUGAAGAGAUUGGGCCUGACUACACUAGAAAAAAGGAGGGAAAGAGGUGAUUUGAUAGCAAUAUACAGAAUAUUGGAAGCAAUGGAAAAGUUGGACAGAGAAGACCUCUUGAUACCAGAUACGAGAGACACGAGAACAUGGAAGGAGAUUGAGGAGUGUUUGCAGAAGAGACAUAAAAAAAACAUAGCUUCCCCCACAGAAGUAUAACAGUGUGGAAUGAAUUUAUGAUUGAGACUGUGUUCGAAGACAAUUCAUAAAUUUAAAGAAAAUCUAGAUAAAAGUUGAUAUGGAGACGUGACGGCACGAGCCUAGUGUGGCUCUUGUCAUGUAUUUCACAACUAGGUAAAUAAAUACACACACACACACACACACACACACACACACACACACACACACACACACACACACACACACACACACACACACACACACACACUCUUAGCCCCAUCUAGCUGUCUGAAAAAUAAAGUGCCAAGUUUUAAGAAUGUGGUGAAAAGAGAGGAUUAGAGUGAAGGUAUUUCUGUUAGUUGGAAGUGCUUGAGAGGGGAAAGAAAGACAAUGGUUUAGACUGGAAAUUAAGUGAAAAAAUGCACAGAAAGUGAGGAUUUGGAGUGUGAAAAUAAUGUUAAUUGUAAGUGUUGAAAAAGAGGCAAAUAUGAUGUCUUAAGUAAUUGUGUGAAGAAAUGCAGAGAAAGGAGAUUAGGGGAGUAAAGAUAAUGUUAGUUAGAAGUGCUGCACAAGUGUAAAAAAUAUGAAAAGGGAGAACCAGAGUAGUUGAGAUAAUAUUGGUGGGAAAUACUGGAAAAGUGGAGAAAAGAAUAUAAAAUUGUACAAAAAAUAUAAGGAAAUGUGAAGGAAAAAGAGGACUAGCAGAAUUAAGACAUUGUGCUUGUUGAAACACCUGGAAAACCUGAGAAAAGUAAGGUAAAUAGAUGAAAGAUGUGUUUGUAUGACAGUUAUGUGCAGAGUGUGAAGAAUAUGAAAAAAAAGGAAGGAUUAGCAGUUAAGAUAGUGUGUUACAUGAAAAUCCUGGGAAAUAUUAAAAAAAAAAGAUGAAAUUUUGUUUGUUAGAAAGUGUAAAAAGAAUAUGAGGAAAAAUUGGAAUGAGAGUUGAAAUGUUGAAAUAAUGCAUGACAAAAAAAAAAUUGCAAAGGUUAUGAAGAAAAUAUUGGAAUGGGCAAGUUAAAUAAUAAAAAAUAAAUAAAUAAAUAACCUUAAAAGUGAAAAAAGAACAACAACAACAAUAACAAAAUUAAAAUAAUAAGUAAACUGCAAAAAUUAGACAACAGAACAUACAAAGGGACCAAUGAAAGACAGUGGAUAUGUGACAUUAUACAAAACAGUAGAUUUAGAGAGAGAGAGAGAGAGAGAGAGAGAGAGAGAGAGAGAGAGAGAGAGAGAGAGAGAGAGGAAAUGAGUACACUUAGUAACUCAAACAGCUCAGUUGAUAUUGGCAAUGUGAUGCUUAGGUUAAUGGGGCAAUGAUAGAAGAGAGAAAGAGGAAGAGGGGAAGAAAUACAAGGAGAGGAAGAAGAAAAGAGUACAUAUCACAAAAACAACUUAAUUUAUAUUACCAAAAGUGAUGAUUAGGUUAGUUUGCCAUUGAUAUAAGAAAGAGGAAGACGGGGAGAGGAAAGAAAAGCAUGAUGAUUAUGUUAGUCAGGCAUUGAUGGAAGGAGAGAGAGAGAGAGAGAAGAAAAAUGUAAUGGUUAGGGUAGCAUGGUUGUGAUAGAAGAGAAAAAGAGGAUGAUGGAGGAGAAAUAAAUAUGUGAUGAUGUUAGCCAGUCAUUGAUGGAAGAGAAAAGAGGAAGAGGAGAAGAAAGAAAAAGUGAUGGUUAGGUUAGUGUGGCAGUGGUGGAAGAAGAGAAAGGAAGAGAAGGAGAAGAAAAAAAAGAAAAUGAAGGAGAAAAUGUCACUUAAAAGUUUAAUUGAUGUGCCAAAAGUGAUGUUAGUGAACCAUUGUCACAAAGAGAGAGAGAGAGUAGAAUACAUGUCACAAGCAGUUUAAGUUAUACUACCAAAAGUGAUGGUUAGGUUAGUGGGGUAUUGUGAAAAAAGGAGGAGAAGGAGGAGGAAAAGGUAGAGGAGAGGAAAAAAAAAGAAAAGGGUACAUGUCACAAAAACAGCUUAAUGUGUGCUACAAAAUGUGGUGGUUAUGUUAGUGGGACAAUGACAGAAGAAGAGAGGAAAGAGAGAAAAAGAGUAUUACUUGUCACUGCAAAGAAACUAACCCUUUCACUGUGAUACAAAACAAUUAGCAGCACCAGAAUCAAUGCGUGAGACCUUUAUAAGCAUCUACAAGAAAAAGGUGAUUAAAAAGAAUAGAUUUUGUAAUUUCUACCCAGUUUAAAGAUUGAAUGUGGCUGUAAAGAUAUCUCAGAGUGAUUGGGGAUGAAGAAAAGGUGUACCAAAUGGCAGUCAGAGGGUUCAUUUAUACCACCAAAUGUAAUGGUUAGGUUAGUGUGGCACUGUUAGAAGAGAGGAAGAGGAGAAAGACAAGAGGAAAUGUUGCAGUUCAAACUCUAUUGGCUAAUGUAAUGGUUAGAUUAGAAACAAAAGAUGGAAAAGGAGAGGGUGUAUAUCACAGCACAACUCAAAUGUGAUAAAAAGGAGAGAAAAGAAGAGAAAGAUUAGAGAAAAUGCCCCACUUCAAACUUUACUGACUUUGAGAGUGACUCUAGUUGUAGCCAGAUGGUGGAAAACUCGGAAGGUUCAAGAGCGUGGGCACAAGAGCAGGUUAAGUCGUUGCGCACAGAGAUGCAACAUCCAGCUUUGUAUUGAAAAUGAGGAUAAAGUAGGAGGAAACAGAAAAUGGGCUACUGUCAGUUGCCUCAGGCACCUGAGUUUCAGUGAGGAAAAGAAGAUGAGGUUUAGUAGAGGAGAGGUGGUGUUCUACAGAUUGAAAAUUAGAUCUAAGACUGCGAAUGUUGCAGAAGUUAAUGAAGAAGAAGUUGAGGGGGGUGUCAAGACACUUAGGGUUGAUACCAGAAGAGCAUGGUUAGGUUACAAAGAGAAGAAGAGUUCAAAAAAAGAGUUUAUCAACACAAAUGAGAUUGCUAGACAUUGUUAGAACAGCUAAGGAGGAGGGGAAAGACAGACAAGAGAAAAUAUUGUAAUUCAUACUCUAUUGAUAUUAUGAAAUGGUUAGGUUAGAAAGAGAAAAGAAGAUGAAGAGUUCCUGUCACAACACAAUGAGAUGGCUAGGCAUUGUUAGGAAAGUAAAGGAGGAGGAGGAAGACAAAAGAAAAUAUCACAGUUCAAACUCUGCCAUCAAACACAAAGAUUAGAUCAGUGCGACAUCCCCAGAGCUGCUUCAGUGACAAGGUUGUAUCAACCGCUCUGAGGUCUAUUACUGAGGUGAGCCUGGCCCUGUACAGUCUGUGUACCCCCAUGUCUGCAUCCCAAAGCUGUGAGGCCUAUUGUAUUCUAGUUAAGUUUGUAUUGCCAAAAAUCAUAACUUGUCUGCUUAUAUAUAUAUAUAUAUAUAUAUGUAAUUUUUAUUUUUAUUUAUUUAUCUAUUUAUUUUUUCAUCUUUUUGCCAUCUAUAUAUAUGUUUAGUUAUCAUAUAUUUUUCCCCUAAUAUGGGCUUUCAUCUGUCAAUAUAUUAUUUCUCCAUGUUUGAUUUUUUGAUACAAGAGAGGAAUUAAUUUGUUUGGUACAGUGUUUUUGCUUUGUCUUUGUAUUCUUGGUGUAUUUCUUUCCAUUUUUUUCAUGUUUGGUAUUUGAUGUGAGGGAGGACUCUCUCUCUCUCUCUCUCUCUCUCUCUCUCUCUCUCUCUCUCUCUCUCUCUCUCUCUCUCUCUCUCUCUCUCUCUCUCUCUCUCUCUCUCUCUCUCUCUCUCUCUCUCUCUCUCUCUCUCUCUCUCUCUCUCUCUCUCUCUCUUGUACUGUGUGAAGCAAAAGAGGAUUAUUAUUGAAGUUAAUGGCUGCAACAAAGCUGCAUUUUGCUGAUUUUCCUUGGAAUGACUACUGCUUCCAUGUCUUUGUGUGCCAAGUGCAUAACAGAGGUGAUAGUGUCUGGCAUGGAGGCGUACAUCCCUCACUCUUUUUCUUGACCUGUCAUCCACUCUCUUAUUAUUCAUCAAAGACCUUCUAAACCAAACUUCUUGUCCUAUCCACCCUGCACUUUUCCAUGUCUUUUCACGUCCAACCCUUCAGGAAGUAAACAGUUCACACAGGGAAGCCACAGAAUGCCUGACUUCUGAUCUUUCUAAAAUUUCUGAUUGGGCAGAGCAAACUUGGUAUUGUUCAAUCCCUCAAAAACUCAAUUCCUCCAUCAAUCAACCUGACACCAUCCUCUCUUCUUUAAUGACUGUCCCUCUCUUCUACACUGAACAUCCUUGGUCUGUCCUUUACUUAUAAUCUGAACUAGAAACUUCAUAUCUCAUCUCUAGCUAAAAUAGCUUCUAUGAAGUUAGGUGUUCUGAAAUGCCUCCACCAGUUUUUCUCACCCCCCCCCCCCCCCAGCUGUUAACUUUGUACAAGGGCCUUAUCCGUCCAUGUAUGGAGUAUGCUUCACAUGUCUGGGGGGGUUCCACUCAUACUGCUCUUCUAGACAGGGUGGAAUCAAAAGCUUUUCAUCUCAUCAACUCCUCUCUUCUAACUGACUGUCUUCAGCCUCCCUCUCAUUGCCGCAUUGUUGCAUCUCUAGCUGUCUUCUACUGCUAUUUUCAUGCCAACAGCUCUUCUGAUCUUGCUAACUGCAUGCCUCCGCUCCUCCCACAGCCUUGCUGCACAAGACUCUUCUUUCUCUCACCCCUAUUCUGUCCACCUCUCUAAUGCAAGAGUUAAUCAGUAUUCUCAAUCAUUCAUCCCUUUCUCUGGUAAACUCUGGAACUCCCUGCCUGCUUCUGUAUUUCCACCUUCCUAUGACUUGAAUUCCUUCAAGAGGGAGGUUUCAAGACACUUAUCCUUCAAUUUUUGACUACCGCUUUGGACCCUUUUAUGGGACUGGCAUCUCAGUGGACUUUUUUUUUUUUUUUCCCUUGGCCAGUGUCCCUCCUACAUAAAAAAAACAUUCUCCAACACAUUUCUUCCUUUUAUUUAAUAUUCAAGGGAGAAAAUAUUUUAAUAAAGCAUAUCUCCUUUCUCCUAGACAUAGAUGAUAUUAUUAUUAUUAUUAGUAUUAUUAGUAUUAUUAUUAGUAUUAUUAUUGAUAUUUUUAUUACUAUUUACCUUUGUAUGUGAUUUUAUCCGCACAGUCUGAUACUAUUUAGCCAGUAUGCUGGUGGCCUUGUGGUCUGUGUGGGAAAGCAAUGGACGGGUCCUGAGAGGGUCAAGCGAAAGAAUAAAUGAUUGCAGUUUG